AUGGGAGCUAUAGUAGCUGCUCUUGAAAAUACUCCACUAUCCACUGGGCUUGAUAUGGAAAGCAUCUCUCGAUACAGUUCUUACUGGGAAACUGCGCGACGUUUUUAUGGUCCAUUUGAGUGUGCAAUAACUAUGAAGAGUGGGAACGCUGACGUAUACAAGCAUGAGAUUCCAGGUGGUCAGUACACUAACCUUCAAUUCCAAGCUUUUUCGCUUGGCUUAGGAGAGAAGUUUGAUGAGGUGAAGAAAAUGUACCGAGAGGCUAAUCUUGCACUUGGAGAUCUCAUAAAGGUAACACCGUCGUCAAAAGUGGUCGGAGAUUUGGCUCAAUUUAUGGUACAAAACAAACUGACUCGUGAAAGUUUGGUCGAUAGAGCGGAAGAACUUUCAUUUCCAAAAUCCGUUAUCCAAUUCUUCCAGGGUUUGAUUGGUCAACCGCCUUACGGCUUUCCUGAGCCGUUGAGGACUAGGGCUUUACGUGGUAAACCCAAGUUUGACGGCCGGCCUGGUGAGAAAUUACCUUCGCUCGAUUUCGAAAAGCUUAAGAAGGAACUUGAAGAAAAACACGGCAGAAAGUUGCGGGACGUAGAUGUCAUGACCUCUGCAAUGUUUCCUCAAGUUUUUGAUGAGUUUGAGCAAUUUCGUCAGCAGUAUGGACCAGUGGAUAAACUGGACACACGAAUAUUCCUAACAGGCAUGGAAGUAGCGGAGGAAGCUGAAGUUACGCUUGAAAAGGGAAAGACGCUUUUAAUUCAGUUAUUGGCUGUCGGUAAGCUUAACGCACGCGGUGAGAGAGAAGUUUUCUUUAAUUUGAACGGGCAGAUGAGGACAAUCAUUGUACCGGACAAAGAAGCAUCAAAGGAAAUUGUUACUCGUCCACGAGCUGUACCAGGUGUUCGCGGUUCAAUUGGUGCACCAAUGCCUGGUGAGAUUUUGGAACUAAAGGUUAAGGAGGGCGAUAAAGUCUCACCAAAGACUCCGUUAUUUGUUUUGAGUGCUAUGAAAAUGGAGAUGGUUAUUGAUAGUCCUAUUGCUGGAACAGUUAAGAAAGUAUAUUGCGCAGCAAAAGAGCGGGUCACUGCUGGUGAUUUGAUCGUUGAAAUUGAGCCAUAA